AGAUAAGCUAGGUCAGUGUUGUUUGUUUUGAAGAUAAGUGAAGAAGGAUAGGAGCUAGUCAAAGAUGAGUUUGAUCUCCAGGAAGCUGUUGAUUAACCUGAACCUUAUGAGGAGGAACAUGAGCGGGAUGAGUGGGAGGAAGGUAUUUGUUGUCGGGGUCGGUAUGACCAAGUUUGAGAAACCUGGUCGACGGGAGAACUUUGACUACCCUGAUAUGGCUAAAGAGGCUGUAGAGAAGGCUCUGGAGGAUGGUCUGAUUAAGUACAGUGCUAUAGAGCAGGCUUGUGUUGGAUAUGUUUAUGGAGAUUCAACCUGUGGACAGCGAGCACUGUAUCCACUAGGAAUGACAGGAGUACCAAUUAUUAAUGUGAAUAAUAAUUGUGCAACAGGAAGCUCAGCUCUUUUUCUAGCUCAUCAGCUCAUCUCAGGAGGACUGGUGAACUGUGCUCUGGCUCUAGGAUUUGAAAAGAUGCAGAAAGGAAGUUUGAGCAGUGUUUACUCAGAUAGAGCUAACCCUGUUCAACCUCAUGUUGAAGCAAUGAUGGCGGUCAGAGAUAUUGAAGCGUCCCCUAUGGCUGCUCAACUGUUUGGGAACGCAGGGCGGGAACACAUGAAUAAAUAUGGAACAACCGAGGAACAUUUCGCAAAGAUUGCCUGGAAGAAUCAUAAACACUCCAUAAACAAUCCAAACAGUCAAUUCCAGGACGAAUAUACUCUAGAACAGAUCAUGCAGGCUCCGGUCGUACACAAACCCCUCACCAAACUACAGUGCUGCCCUACCUCCGACGGAGGAGCAGCAGCAAUCCUUGCUUCGGAGCAGUUUGUCAAGGAAAAUAAAUUGGAGGAUAGAGCUGUAGAGAUUAUUGGUAUUGAGAUGGCAACUGAUCUUCCUUCAACCUUCAAGGAUAAAAGUUGUAUCAAAGCUGUAGGAUUUGACAUGACCAAGAUUGCUGCUGACACGCUGUUCAAAAAGUCUGGACUAUCUCCGUCCGAUGUCCAGGUUGUUGAGCUUCACGACUGUUUCUCCGCUAAUGAGUUGAUCACCUAUGAAGCUCUGGGUCUAUGUGAGGUUGGUAAGGCCGGAGAAAUGAUUGAUAAUGCAGAUAAUACCUACGGAGGAAAGUAUGUUGUGAACCCUAGCGGAGGAUUAAUUAGCAAAGGACAUCCUUUAGGAGCAACAGGACUAGCUCAAUGUCUUGAGCUGACCUGUCAGGUGAGGGGAGAGGCUGGUGCUCGUCAGGUACCUGGAGCUAAGAUUGGUCUUCAACACAACCUUGGUCUGGGUGGAGCUUGUGUUGUUGCAUUGUAUAAGAAAGCAAACUUACACGAAUCAAAACUUUAAAAUUUA